CUGUCUUUUGUUCCGCUGUGUUCGUCCUGAGUGUGGAGACACGUGGUUAUAGGGCAAACCAUGCACUGGCUUUAACUCAUUUUCAAAGUUUUUGCACGGUUGGAUAUUCGUAUUUUUAGACAGGUGCACUCGGUACAAUGUUGCAGCUGAAAUUUCAAGUCUCUCUGUUGCUUCUACUACUGGCGGCCAGGUGUGUUGCACAGGAAGCAGCUCAAAAUAAAGACUGUGUUAGUGGGCACCCUGGAAUACCAGGAGACCCCGGACACAAUGGCACACCUGGCAGAGACGGCCGAGAUGGACUCAGAGGGGACAAAGGUGAUCCAGGACAGGUUGGCCCUGUGGGAGCAGCAGGAACUGAUGGACACAAGGGGGACAAAGGGGAACUCGGUGCAGUAGGCCCAGCAGGGGUCAAAGGCAAACGGGGAGACAAUGGAGAACGGGGUCCUCCUGGGAAAAUGGGGCCUCAAGGAGUCCAAGGGCUCAUUGGCCUGAAAGGAAACAAGGGAGAGCUCGGGCUGCCCGGUCCUCAAGGGCCUAAAGGCGAUUUUGGGCCUAUUGGACCAGAGGGUCCUAAAGGGGAAAUCGGCCUUCGAGGUGACAGAGGCAUUCUAGGACCAUUGGGCCCCCCCGGCAGGCCAGGGCCUAAGGGGGACCUUGGUGUCCCAGGUCAUAAAGGGAGUAUAGGAUAUAGAGGUGACAGAGGGCCUCAAGGAGGGAAAGGGGAAACGGGUGAGCAGGGAGUCACACUUGUUAUCCCUAAAAGCGCUUUCUCCGUGGGACUCACAGCUACGAGUAAACUGCCAUCAGUUAAUGCCCCCAUCCGGUUUGACAAGAUCAUCUACAAUGCACAGAACCACUACGAUCUGCAGACAGGAAGGUUCACAUGCUCCGCAGCAGGGGCCUACUUCUUCACCUACCACAUCACCGUCUACUCCAGGAACGUGAAGGUGGCUCUGGUGAAGAACGGAGCGAAGAUCAUCCACACCACAGACACCUACCAGAGCAGCGAGGACCAGGCAGCAGGGGGCGCUGUACUGCACCUUGAGGUGGGGGACAAGGUGUGGCUGCAGGUGGCUGGAGGAGAGCUGUACAAUGGGCUCUUUGCUGAUGAAGAUGAUGACACCACCUUCUCCGGGUUCCUGAUCUUUGGGGCUUAGAUUGCUCGUCAUUUCCUAAUGAAUGCUGCUUAUUUUAUUUCAAGUAUAGAAAUAAGCUCGCCUCUAUAGUUCACUCCAUGAUGAAUUAACAUACUUAAAUAUGAAUUGGAUAUUCUUGGUUUAACUCACUUUAAGCAGCAGAUGGGCUUUCUAACCCUAUUUCCAUUUCAAGCUACUCUAAUACUUCUACUCUUAUACAUUUCUGAGAGAAAAAUCAAAGUUUGUGCUGUGAUUACUGCUGAUGAAGAUUUUACAUGAAUGAAAUAUGGCAGACAUAUAGAUAGCAUGUAAGUAAUAUAAAAGUAGGAAUAGAAAGUACUUCAAAACAACUCCAAACUGUGAUAUAACUGAUUCAAUCCAUAGCUAAUACUUAUUUCAUAUAGACAAUAAUAAAGCAGUCUCCUAAUUGUGGGUUCCUUUUGUUACUUGAGGAAAUAUUGAAAUGCAGGACACUAUUAGGAUACUGCUGUUGUUUUUUAAUCUGGUUUCUUUUGUGUCACGUCAAUUAAAUCAAAUUAAUUCUGAUUUUGAACCUGUAAUUCUGCUGAAAGGGCAGUACCAGCCUGUGGAAUAAAGAAAACAAACAUUAAAUGCAA